AAUAAAUAAUAAUUAUUUACAAACAUUAAUUUCUAUACCAACUAGUUAAUAAAUAUAUUAUUUAUUCUAUUUAUUCCUUCAUUUCAUGAUAUGAGUUACAGCAAUUUUUCUAUUGAUUCUUUAGAAAGCUCAACAUUUCUAAAUUCUAAUGAUAAUAUUAAGUAUUUUAAACAAAAUACAAUAUCAAAUAAUAAUGAGUGGCAAUUGAUUGAAUCAAUUGACGUAAUGUCAGUUCCUUUGUAUUCUGGACCCGUUUCUUUACAAGAACUUAAAAGAAUAGAAGUAAAUGGUAAUAAAAUAUUAGAACUAGAAACUAAAGAAUUUUCAAAUAUAAAAAAGAAGAAAUGUUUAUCAAGUACUACAAACAAAUCUUGGAUAAAUCUAAAGAAUUUUAAACAUCCUAAAAAGCAAGAAAAAAAUUACAAUCCAAGAGUAUUUAUGAACAUUGAUAAGAUUGAACAAAUGAAAUAA